CGACCCGACGGCCCCGCCCACUCCUCAGGAUCCCCGGAUGUCGCGGGCGGGCGGGAGCGGGGAAGCGCCGCCUCCGCCGCCCGCUUUGAGCCGAGGCGGGAACGCCGGAGCGCGCGGCCUGCUCGUUUGUGCGCCCGCUGAGGAGAGCCGAGUUCCCGCCAAUUCCGUUCUGGCUGAGGUGGCGGCGACGGCGGCGGCUGGUUCUGUCUUGCCGGUCCCGCCGCGUCGUGGGGAGGAGGAGGACAGGCGUGUGGGGUGGAUGGUCUCUCCCAAAUCUUUUGCAUAACACCCAGACUUUGAGAAGAUGUGGGAUGACAUUGAGCUUUUUGAUGAUACAGGAACGCUGAACGUAGGCACGCAAGAAUACGGGAGUGCCUUCUAUCAAGUCAACACGCUAGUUAAAAUCUCUUCCUCAGAAAAGGUCUUGUCUAAUCCGAAGUUACAGGCCUCUAACUUGAGUGACAGCUUCACUUUAGUCGCUGACACAUCAGUGGUGGUGCUUGAUACGAACCUCUCUCCUCAACUGUUGAAUCGGUUUGAAACGGAAGUUGAUAUUGUUGGCACGUGCCAAGAAGGUCACUUUCUGGUUGUUGGUGAGAGAAGUGGCAACUUGCAUCUUAUUCACAUUCCAUCAAAGGAAACCUUGUUAACGCGUACACUGAUUCAGAAGUCUUCAAAUGACAGAACUUACCUGAGUCUCAAUCUAGAAAAAGAUAGUGCCGAUGCAGGCACCUAUCAUGCAUUUAUUCUCACCAGAAAUGGGAUCUUCUGUAUUAUGCACCUCCCCCUUGUCAAAACUCAGGAAGCAAUUGAUACCCUGGACUUCAGUACAGCGAAAAAGCUGCAAGAGCAAGUGGAAACAUGUUUUAUUUCUACGGAAGAGUACCAUACUGCUGGUUGUCUAACUUCUGUGACUAGACACGUGGCAAACAAGAUUUCUCUGAUGAUAGGGGGUUUAGGUGACUGUGUGAUAUCUGUGUGGGAGGCGGAUCCUAAUAAAAGACUGAUAUCUCUUCAAAAUGUUCUUGAUUCAAGUAUGAUCAAAGCUGUAAAACAGUUUCAGGUUGUGGAUAGUUUGUUGUACACCUUGGAUGAUGAGAAUGUCUUAAGCAUGUGGGAUGUUUACUCAUUUACUAUGAUUUGGGAUUGGCCUUCAGUUCACACAGAAGAAUUUCUUCUAAUCCAGUGUAGUGUGAAUCAUAAACUUGUAGCACUGACAGAACCUGAUGAUCAUAAACAGAUGAGAAACAUUGUAGUUUUUUCCUUACCCUUGAUGCACCAACUCUACUCUUUGAAAGUAACGAACAUUUCUUCACUGGUUCAAAGUAAAAUAAAUACGGAUACAAUAUACUUCUUGGAAGGUAUCUAUGAAAAUGAGCAUAAGUCUUUGAAUAUUCCUGUCUCAUUUCUGGUAAUGAGGUGCUUAACAGAAGCUGUUCCUGAGGACAGGCUAAGUCGUUUACUUCACAAGCAUAAAUUUUCCAAGGCUGAGAGUUUUGCUCUUCAUUUUGGACUAGAAGUUGAGCUUGUUUAUAAAAUGAAAGUGAGCUCCAUUUUGGAAAGAUUGGCUUCUGAGUGUGUGGACCCUGAUGGACGAUCACCCUGGUUAGAACUUGUGGCUCAAGCUAAAGAAAACUUGAACAAAAUUAAGGAUAGUCAAUUUGUAGUUGAGUGCUGCAUUCAAAGCCCUUGGCCAACAUAUGGGACAGCGCAUGAAAUGCUCAACUAUGCUGGAAACAGGGUUUCAAGCAGAGAUGUCACAACCUUUGCUGCUCCUUCUAAUAGGAAUUCAACAUCUCUUACAAUGGUGCUGCAGGCACAAGCAAGACUGACAACUUUUUAUGGAGCUUUUGGUCCGAAAAAAUUCAGUGGAACCACUUGGCUAAAGUUUCUGAAUAAUGAAGACAUCUUCAAGGACAUUGUUUUACAGCUGAAAGAAGGAAAUCUCUUUUCUGCAGCCUAUAUCUGGAAACGACAUCGGGGAGAGUUCACAGAACAUUUUAGUGUGGAAAUGCUUAAGGACCUGCUUGACGCAAUCUCUACAACCAUUUCUCGCAAGGAGCUGUGUUUGUGGUUUAAAGAUGGGAUUGUUCCUUUCAUAAAUUUGGCUUUGCCUGAAGGACAGGGAAUAAUAGCAAAAUGGCUGGAAGAACAAGCUCGAGAUCUUGAAGUAACUGACGAGGCCAACUGGCCAGAAAACGGACUUGAAAUGGCCCAGGUGUUUUUUACCGGUGAUCCAGAUAAAGCUGGAGUUGCAUCUUCAAUGUGCUGUACUCUCUGGAACGAUAAGUGUGAAGAGGUCUGUUGCUUAGCAAAACUGAUCCGAACUUUACACGACUUGAUAGAUCUUUACAGAAAGUACAACUGCAAGCUGACCCUCUGUGAGUUUGAAAAGGAAAGUGCAAGUACAAUAGUGUUCCGUAUGCUUGAUAAAGUUUUGGUGGCAGAACUCAUUCCAGCAACUUUAGAGAAAUUUAUUGAGCCAUAUAUGCACCAACAUGAUCUACAAAAGGAUGAAACUCUCUUGCAGUACAUAAAGGACUUGCUAGAACGCUAUUGUACACAGUCGACGUCUGUCUUUGAUACUGCUUGGGAAUCAAAGGCUAUAGGUGUCUUGAGCUGCAUGUCCAACACAGAUUUGAAGUUCGAAGGAGUUCUAGCAAUAAUGCAUAGCACUGUGGUUCCCUGGAGUCCAGGAGUAGAGCGGCUUGUGCAGGAAUACCUAGGAAUGGAUCAUGCCAGGGUGAAGCUCCUGCAGGAAGGUUACCGACUGAUGGAAAUGAAGUCAGUUCUGUUAAACUAUGGCAUCAGAGAUACCAGUCUUUUAAAUGACAAACAAAGGAUGCUGAGGGUGGCAAAGUACAUUGUUAAACAGGAUACCUCGUCUUCAUUAAAAGAUGCUUUGAAAAUAGCGAAUGUGUACAUGCUGCCUACUACAGACGUCUAUCUAGUGAGGAUUAUGGACCUUAUUAAUAACGACAAGGGAGAAGAGAUCCUAGACUUGUUCAUAUCUCUGCCUGCUAUUGAAGCUGUGGAAGUGGCAGAAAGAACAGUGAUCUGCGCGAAGCUGUUAUUAGAGCACAAAAUACCUGAUUUCGAAGAGGCAAAAAUGCAGCUUUCUGUGAAAAAGAUUGUUGUGAACAUCCUCAAAUUCUUACUGAGUAUUCAGAAAGAAAAUCUUGUGAAAAGAACAGAAUACAAAACAGAUUUAGAUGUGUUUAAAGCUCUUGUCACCUUACAGGAAAACUUUGAUAUCAUAAUUUCAGCCCAGAGUUAUGAGAACCAGACACUAAGAUCUCAACUACUUGAAGAGCAUAUUAAAGCUUAUGGAAGGACUCGGGGAUCUGGAAAAGGACAAGGAGAUGAUCCUAGUUCAAAGGACAGCCGCAUAAAGAAACCACUGUCAGAGUUGCAACUUUACAGACUGGCUUCACUUCUGCAAAUGACCAAGCUGGAAGUGGCGUCACAGCUGGUUCUGAGAGCGUUGGAUGCCAGACAAGUAGAAGAAGCACUCCAGAUAUGCAGAGAUUUUUAUGAAUGCCACUACAACAAAGAAGCAGGACAGCUGCUGUUUUUAGCCUGUCAAAAAUUCUGCCACAUGUUUGAUUGUGAUGGCAUGAUGGUCUCAUAUGAAGGAUUAAGUAUCCCAGCUGUGAUCCACAACAUGGCAUGCCAAGCAGCUACAAUAUGCAGCCCUGAUCGCUUAUUAGAUGCUGCAGAACUUUGUAGAUAUACCUCGCUUGCCUGUGAAAUUUACGAGAAGUGCCAAAUUGAAGACACUGGAGCUGUAUCAAAGACAGCAUUUUCUGGAGCUGAUAAAGACCCAUACACAGAGUGGACUUUUGAUGAUUUUUUCACUGAAGAAGGAGCAGUCUUGGAUCCACCCUCUGUACUUCCUGCUGCCUAUGAAAUCGCUUCCUGCAUGCUGCCUCUUGCAGGGAAGAACCUCUGUUUGCCCCUUAUGACUCUGAUGUCUGUUCUGCUCGACAAGUUGCAAGAAUGUAGUCAACAUGAAUUGAGCUUGAGACUGAUAAAUACCUCUUUGGGGUCUGCUGUUCAGCACUUUACAGGAAACAUCAUGGAUGCCGAUCUGUUUGCAAAGCUGAAUAACCAGGACGCAGUACAGGAUGCUGUAGAAGCUCUCAUCACAAUGAUGCGUCCUUCUCAGUCAAAGAUUAAAGAUAAUGUGAUGGCCCUGCUGCACAAGGUUUUUAACAGUCGCCAGCUAGACCACAAUCUGGCACUAGGCUACUGCUCUCUAUUGCCCAAAGAAAUGAUUUAUGAAUAUCUCUGGAACUUGAUCAACAAAACAGGGCAAAAUUAUAGCAAGAUUCUGUCAGUUGCCUUUGUUGGAGCGGGACUUGCCAGUUGCUAUGAUGAUAUGGAUGAAAAGCAGAAAUUUGAAGAAUUAAUCAUUGAAGCUGAAUGGGGCGGAAAGCUUGGAAAACUUAAAAUCUCUUUCCAGAAUGUAUUUAGAACACCAUCCAUAAGGAAGAAAGAGCUUCUGAGAACUUUGGUUCAGAAUCCACAUGUAAAAACCGAUCUCAUAUUAAAAUAUUGCAGGUCUUUCCAGUUGGACAGUGAGGCAGCAUUGCAGCUUUAUGUUAAGGCCAUCCUCCAAAAUGCCAGCGCAAGUCAUAUUGAAGGGGAACCUCCAAGAGAUACCAUAAGGCAGCCUCCUUCCGCAGUAGUGGCCAGAGCCACAGAAAUUAUCCCUUUGCUGGGAAGCACCGAUGAUUUGGUUACAAACCUUGAUGCCAUGCUGUACAAGCUUGAUCCAUAUGACUACGAAGCUAUUGAAAGUCUUCUGGUGAUUUUAGAGAAGGCUGGUGGGGAAACAUUAAGCAUCCCGUUGAAUAAAGCCCUGAUUCUCAUCGAACAUUUAAAAUCCUACAAAAGGAUUUCUGCUCCUGGGGACCUGGAAUAUCAGUAUGUGUUCGAGCAGGGUAUUCCUUUAUCACCAGCUGCUCAAGCCAGGCUGCCCUUCCACUUGAUCUUCUUCAGAACUGCACAUUGUUUCUGGAAAAUAAUUACUCCAGAACUGAAUGAGGAAUCAUUCCCAAAGAUUUUUUUGAUCUCCAAGAUCAUGAAGGUGUCGCUCGACACUCUCCAAAUGUGUGCAGCUAAUCAUGUGUUCCAAGAGAGGCUGAAGCCUAAAAUGCUAGAAUGGACAAAAAGUGGAUCUCUGCUAGUAGCUGACAAGGAAACUGUGGAAAUUAUUAGCACUAUUCAGUCUUACUUGCUGCGUGUAACUAACCCAGAAUGGUCUUCUUCAGUAGCACACAAGAUGUCUCAAGAACUCCAAUCAGGACCCAUCAAAGUGAUGGCAUUGAAACUCUGUGUCUAUUUAGUUGAAAAAUGGCGGACUCAUAAAGAUGUGCAGGAGGAAUCUCGAGAAAAGGCUCGAAUGUUUCAGAAAAAGAUACAGGUGGAAUACUGCAAGCAGGCCACAGGGGCUGUGCUCAUGGCCCACAAGCUUAACUCAGAGGAGCAUUUGAAGCUGAUUGGCAAGCCUGCCAGACUGGUGGUGCUGCUCUACCAGCACAGCAGCAUCAUAGAAAGAUUUCAGAAUCCAGCUGGCUGCAAUUACCCAGAUAUUCAUGCUGCAGCAAAAGAAAUAACUGAAAUCAACGAUCUGGACAUAAAGAAGAUUUGGGAAAUACUGCUGGAAAAAUGGCUGUGUUCAAAUGAAGCACCAAUAGAUAGAACUUCAGAGAUGGUUGAAAAAGCAGAAGAUGAAAUCAAGAGACUUGUAUAUGUCCUGCAGCUGCAGCCAGCAGAUAAAGGAUGCCGAAUCCUUUAUGAAUGUGCAACAUCUGCAACAUCUCCUAUUGGGGAAAACCAGCUGACGUUUGCUCAGAGAAGCAGAGCUCUCAAGUGCCUGAUCUACUUGGCAGACACUCCUACUGUUGAACUGCUCUUCAAAAAAUCUAUUCUGGAAGUAAGGAUUUUCCUGAAAGCCUUAAUUUACCUCGCUGAAUUGGAAAUCCUCAACAUUCCAUACACUUACCAAUCAUUCCACAAGGCUCCCAAGGAAGGCAUGAUCAAAGGAUUAUGGAAAAAUCACAGUCAUGAACCCAGGGCAGUGAAACUAGUGACUGAACUAAGUUUGGAAUAUCAAGUGUGGGAUGCUCAGCUGUGGAAUGGUUUGCUGCAAAAACUGCUUUAUUUCAACAUGGUUGAUUAUCUGAGGAAAGUUUUGGUAGAGAUUACGGGGAUACAUUCGUUAUGGCAGAUUCCAAACUUCUCCCGAGCUUGGCAGAAUGUCAUUCUCACACCAUUUCAUUCAGCUUCGUGUCCACCAAGUCAGAGUGAGGUGGAAGCAUGUUGCGUGUCUUUCAAAGCUCUGCUGCAGUGUCCUGUCCUAGCUCAUCUAGAUGUAAUCAGGAUUGCCAAACAGUGCAUGAAGUUGCAGCUUCUGGCUCUGGCUUUGGGGUGUCUCUGGCUGAUCCCUCAGCCAGAAAAAAGAGAUCAACAGAUCAAAGGCUUUUUAGACUCUUACCAACUGGAGGAGAUCUUGCACCAGGUCAAGGAGCACAUGGGCCACAGCGAACUGGCUUGCUUUGCUUCUGAGAUCAGGUAUUUGGUUCUUGAGUACAUGAUAAAAGGCAAAUGCUUUGUGGCCACACAGUACCUUCCCCACUUGAAGCUACAAGAGAUGGGGGCUGAAAAAUUGAAAGGGCUGGUUAAAUACCUGGCAGAAGAGAACAGGGUGGAUGAUGCAGCAGCCCUAAUAAAGAUAUGCCAUAAAGAACUGGGAAAUCCUGAAGCAAACCAAUCAUCAUCGGAUGUUGUAAAGAUGUUCCUCUGGAAGGAAUGAGAUCUCUGGCCAGGUCAAAGUGUUUUUCCCCUCUGUAUUAAAAUAUAUAUAAAGUCUUUUAAAAAGUA